CCCUCGGGCUCAUGGGAGGGGCUAAAUUAGCCGGCCCCGUUUCGGAAGGAACUUCAAACCCUAUGUCUCUUUCAUUGACUCGAUUCGAAAGAAGAGAUUGGCUGAGGCCAGCUGCUCAUUUCCCUAGAGACCACGAAGAGUCGUCCGGAUUGUAAUUUUUUGUAUUCUUAAAGCAAUGUAUGUUCAAGUAUCUCUCUUUCCCUCUCUCUUUGCUACAGAAAUCCAUUUUUCUCCUUGAGAUAUGUAUCUUGGCUGCAAGCAAAAAAGCUAUUUACUUAUCGCAGCUUUGAAACCAGAUAACAAGAAGCUUGUUUCCUGAUACCCACUGGAAAAAACUGUGGGACUCAAGUAGUCCUUCCUGCCCCUUAAAGCGAUCCUUUUUGGUCCUCUGAUAAGCAAUCCCUUUUCUGAGGCUCAUUAGACCAGAAGAGCAACAGGUCCUGUCACGGAUGAACGAAUGGACAGAAGGACGCUGUGCCAGGAGGAGCCUCGUUAUUGGUGGAAGGGCAGAGGAGGCUGCUCGCAGGGAACAGCUAUCCAGCUGUACUGAUGCAAGUCACCCACCUUUUCCAAACUUUAACCUCCUACCUCUGAAUUCUACUGAGCAUGAAUUGCCACACCCAGCCUUUGUCAAGAUGACCCAAAUGCAGAUGAGGAGCCAAACAAAACGAGUAAUACUGUGUGUAUUCGAUGUUAUUUUGAAAUUAGGACAAGACCUAAUCCUCGCAGAGGAAGAAACCUGUACCUUUGAAGAUAUAUAGUAAAAUAUGUCCAAAAAAAAAAAAUCUGGGAGGAGCAUCAAAAAGAAGAGAAGGUGGAUAAACUUUAGUAGUCAGGGAAGAAUGCCCUGAACCCUGAGCUAAAGGAUUCUGCGUGAUGCAGAAUGUCCAUCUCUCCCAAAAGGGAAGUGUGUAGCCAAACAGUAGCACCAGAAGAAGGCAGGCCUGGAGCACACAUCACAGCAACUGCAAGCAGAGAAGACACACAAGAAGGAGUUUGCAGAAUUGAAAGGAAGAUUCUAAACUACAGAUUUUCUCUUUUUCAUUCUGCCUUGAGGGUUUGUGAAGGAGGAAUACUGCAUGUGCCGCUUCAAAAGGAAUCACAUUUCCAGGGCGCAACAGCCACAUACAGCGCGUGGCUGCCAUAUUGCACAGUACAGACGGAGAACAUUUCCAACACUGCAGAAAAUUUUAUUGGACAGUGCUGCUCUAGAGAAUCAGAAGAAAACUCCGCCACUCCUGGGAAAGACCAAAACUUCCCGAAAAGGGUUAAAACAAGGGGCGAUUAUAAUGGCAAAAAGCCUCUGGGGUUUCCCUCUGUGGAGGAAGAGCUCGGUCCUGUGGGCCGCGACGCCGGCGCGGACUCCGCUGCACCUGCGGUUCCGCUAACCUUCUACUGUCACCUAGCGGAGAGGAGAGUCUUACCGAUCUGUGUCUGUGACUUGACUCCUGGUACCUGCGACGUAAAUUGCUGCUGCGACAAGGACUGCUAUCUUCCCCAUCCGAGGACGGUUUUCUCUUUCUGCCUUCCAGGCAGCGUGAGGUCUUCAAGUUGGAUGUGCGUGGACGACUCUCUUAUCUUCAGGAGUAAUUCCCCAUUUCCUUCCAGAGUUUUCAUGGAUUCAAGUGGAAUUAGGCAGUUUUGUGUCCAUGUGAACAACUCAAAAUUAAACUAUUUCCAGAAGCUCCAAAAGGUCAAUGCAACCCACUUCGAGGCCCUGGCUACAGAGUUUGGAGGCGGAUCAUUCACUUCAACAUUCCAAACCCAGUCACCACCACCUCAUUACAGGGCUGGGGACCCCAUUUUGACUUACUUCCCCAAGUGGUCUGUAAUCAGCCUGCUGAGGCAGCCUGGGGGAAUUGGAGCUGGAGGGCUCUGUGCCGAGAGCAAUCCUGCAGGUUUCCUGGAGAGUAAAAGUACAACCUGUGCUCGUUUCUUCAAGAACCUGACAAGUAGUUGCACUUUGGAUCCAGCCCUCAAUGCUGCCUCUUAUUAUAACUUCACAGUCUUGAAGGUUCCAAAAGGUGUGACUGAUCUGCAGAAUAUGAAGUUCCAGGUUCCUGUGACCCUUGUCUCACAAGCUGGUUCUCCUCUCUUGUCUGGAAACACUUGUCAGAAUGUGGUUUCCCAGGUCAUCUAUGAGAUAGAGACCAAUGGGACUUUUGGAAUCCAGAAAGUCUCCGUCAGUUUUGGACAAACCAACCUGACUGUCGAGCCAGGCACUUCCCUACAGCAACACUUCCUCAUUCGCUUCAGGGCUUUUCAACAGAGCACAACUGCUUCUCUUACUGGUCCUAGAAGUGGGAAUCCUGGCUAUGUUUUUGGGAAGCCACUUUUGGCCCUAACUGGCGAUGUAAGUGAUUCUAUGACCCUCUUGCAGAGCCAAGGUGAUGGAAUUUGCUCUGUUAAGAGACAUGAAGUACAAUUUGGAGUGAAUGCAGUAUCUGGAUGCAAGCUCAGGCUGGAAAAGGUGGACUGCAGCCACUUACAGCAGGAGAUUUAUGAGACUCUUCAUGGAAAGACCAGCCCAGAAUAUGUUGCCAUCUUUGGUAAUGCUGACCCAGCCCAGAAGAGAGAGUGGACGAGGAUUCUCAGCAGGAACUGCAGCGUUUCAGCUAUGCAUUGUAUUUCCUGCUGUGUCAUACCAGUUUCCCUGGAGAUCCAGGUAUUAUGGGCAUACGUAGGCCUCCAGUCCAACCCACAAGCACACGUGUCAGGAGCCCGGUUCCUAUACCAGUGCCAGUCCAUAAAGGAUUCCCAACAAGUAACAGAAGUAACUUUGACAACUGUUGUGACCUUUGUGGACAUUACCCAGAAGCCAGAACCUCCAAGGGGCCAACCUAGAAUAGACUGGAAACUGCCAUUUGACUUCUUUUUUCCCUUCAAAGUGGUGUUCAGCAGAGGAGUAGACUUUCAAAAAGGCCCAGCCUCUCCCAUCCUUAUCCUGUGUCUGAUAGUACUUGGAGUUCUCAAGCUAGAAACCAAGUGAAACAAGAAGAAUCAGAUUUUAAUUUUCCCUAUGGGAAGUUCUGAGACAGCCUACUUAUCUUGGCUACAUAGGUCCAUACCUGCUUGUGACCAGAGGAGAGUAUUUAAGAUAACACAAGACCUAACUGAAGUAAUGUCGUAUGUGAAAGAAGGGAUUUUUGAAAAACAAUAAAAAUACCUUCUUUGUCAUGGCUCUCUGCUUAGGACUCUGUAGACCACCAAGUACACAUUAGGUUCUCUACUUCUCAAGCUAGGAAGAACACAAAGAGCCCUUCCUCCAGCUCUUCAGGUUGUGUUAUGCCUGUCGGAAGUUUUGCAAGAUCUUAUCCAUCUGCUCACAGGCACACUUAGGCCCAGCAUAAAAAGGAAUGUGCUCCUGCUGUCCCCCGGAUGAACUUGGGAAUAGAUGCCCUCUGGACUUGAAAGGAGCUGACCUUUGGAAACAGAAAACUGCUGGCUAUAGAUUUCAUCUUGCCCCUCCCUACUCCUUUGGGCCACACUCUGCCCGGGCAUGAGUGAGGAGAGCAGUUCUUUCUAGUCAGUUUCCAGAAUGAAUGUGGAAUCCCAGUCCCCCAUUUUUACUAGCAAAUGAUCCUACCGCUCAUUUCUGUAUUUUUCCUUCCUUCCAUUGUGGUGAGGAGAAAUAAAACUGAUUGAGAGCUUUGUUGUACUAAAUCUAGCAGCGCACAGAAGCUGACAUGUGAUCACCUCAUGAUUAUCUAUGUGCAUUAGGUUUAAAAAGAGGGGGAAAAAAAACUUUCAUACAUAGCACAAUAGCAUUCAAAUCAAAGUACUUGGGUUCUUUUCCUGGGAUUGGAGCUAAACAUAGCAGGAUAAGUAAGAUUAGGAGGGAGCGUGGAAGGGUGAAGGUGAUACUAGGAGCCAGAAGGUUGGGAACCUAAAGUGACUGUAGUAGAAACACUGAAUGGGCAAAAUAGGCACUACCUUGGGGUAGUAACAUGGGAGCUCAUUAUAUGGGGACUUGAAAGGCAGAGAGAACUGGGAGAUAGUCUGUUUUUUUCCUCAACAUAUUAAUGAUCUGAAUCUAGAAUUGCCUUUUAAAAAAGCAUUUACUUAGUUAUAAUAAAUCCUACUUCAUGAGCAGAAAAUGCUGAUUACAAAAGCCAUCUCUGAUGGGUUUAUCAUUUUGCCCCACUCGAAAGUACCCUGAAAGUAACCUGCCUCCUUGGAGGAAAGUGGCAAGGUUCUCAUAGCAGUUAUUACCAAACCAGGGUGAAGUGCUUCUUUACAAGGGAGAUUCUGCACAGUGGGAGUUGGGACCUGGGAAGCUGAUGGCAUGGUUCCCACUAGAGUCCGUUGUGUAGAUAUUUAUGGUAAUUCAGCAACCCUGCCUCCGAAGAAGCCUGUUCCAAAACAGACCACAAAGCUAAUAGAGUAUUUAGGGUCUCCAGACUGGGCUUCUUAAAGGGGAAUAAACUUAUGUGACAAUUCACCCUAUAUCAUGGGGUAGGAGACAUCUAAUCUACUCCCAGCAGCCUACAGAUUCCUCAGAAUCUGGUCCCUCUAUAUCUUUAUUCACAUUCUUAUUCCCAUGCCCAGGUGCUUUGAAACCAUUCCAUGCCUCUACCAAAAAAAUUUAAAUAUAACCCACAAACCAUAAAAGCCACCCUUUCAAAGUAUACAAUUCAGUGGUUUUUAGUAUAUUCAGAGUUACAUAACCACCACCACCAGUUCCAGAAUGUUUUCAUCAUGCUACAAAGGAAGCCCAUCCUGAUCAGCAUUCACUUACCAUCUCCCCUUUUCCCUGGGUUCCUAGCAGUCACUAAUCUAUUUUCUCUCUCUAUAUAUAGAUUUGCCUGUUCUGGACAUCUCGUAUAAAUGAAAUCAUACAAUAUGUGACCUUUUGUGCCUGGCUUCUUUCACUUAGCAUAAUAUUUUCAAGGUUCCUGUUGUAGCAUGGAUGAAUAAUAUUCCAGUGUGUGAAUAACCACAUUUUAUUUAUUCAUCAGUUGAUGGACAUUUGGGUUGUUCCUACCUUUUGGAAGUUGUGAUUAAUACUGCUUUGAACAUUCAUGUACAA